ACGUGGCUUGAGACAGCCACAUGGCCUGCGCCACAUGACAGAUUUACUUUUACUGUCUUCCUACAUAGGACAGUUUACAACCUUUUCGCAACAUGUUGAGUCGGGGUAUUAGCACUGCGAUUAGGGCAAUUCAGAAAAACCAAAGGAUUACGUACCACGCAAUCACCAGUGGACCUAGUACUGUUUUCCACUGCCAGAUGAAACAAAGAGUUCAAAAAUCAUGGAAAUACUGGAAAAUCAGAAUUGUGACCUCUACUAAGAACAGCAACCACGGCAAACAACGGGGUUUACUCGGAUUCUGUCUAGCCUUUUCCAUUUUCAAAUCGGCACAACAAGAUGAAGAGGAGGCACAGUCUGCUGAAGACAGGAUUGUGCUUUUACUGAAAAGGGCAAAGCUCAAUAUAAUAAGGGGGGAGUUGGAAGAUGCAGAUCACAUUCUUCAUCAGGCCAUUCGAUUGGCACAUCAGAGCAACAAUACCCAGGCUAUCAUUUACACCUAUGAUAUGAUGGCUAACCUAGCUUUCCUGCGAGGACAGCUGAGCAACGCUGAAAAGCUGUUUAAAGCUGCUAUGAGCUAUCUUCUGGGUAGUGGAGUCGAACAGGAUGAUAAUGCUGUGAUUGAGAUGUCCCUCAAACUGGCAAGUAUAUAUGGAGAACAGAACCAGCAUGAGCUGGCGGUCCAUGGAUUUGAGUUUUGCAUUGAAUCACUGGAAAGUAAAGUUGAGAAGCAAAAAACAAUUGAAAAUGAGGUAUUAUCAGUGGAGGAGAAAGCAAACACUAGACUGCUAUUAGGUAUGUGCCUGGAUUCCUAUGCUCGCUAUCUUUUGGACAAACAGCAGCUAGAAGCAGCAGAGAACAUGUAUAAGAAGUCCCUGCAAAUCUCACAGGAAGUGCAAGGGGAGAGCCACCCACAGACAGUGGUACUAAUGAAUGACCUGGCGACAGUACUUGACCUUCUUGGUCGUCACAGUGAUGCUUAUGAAUAUGUGAAACAUGCCAUGGAACUUGCCAGACAGACAAGUCACCCAGAGCUACAUGUUGUUUUGAAUAAUAUGGCCGGGAUACUCUUACAUCAAGGACAUUUUCUCCAGGCGGAGCAGCUUUACCAAGAAGCGCUAAGUCUGGCCAAGUCCAAAGGUGAUGCAGAUACAGUUCAUCAGGUUCAGGAAGGACUGCAGGAGAUGACUAGAAGGAAGAGUGCAGCAUGAUAAGCAUGCAGGCUGCAACCUGACAAACACUAGCUUUGCUGUUUUUUUCAAAACCAAGAAUAAAAAGCUGUAGUGUGGGUGCUACACUUUCAGUUGGCAGGCUUUGCAUAUUGAAAAGUGUGACUACCUGCUACAUCACUUCUGUCAGCUAGCCCUGCUGAAUCACUAGUUACAGCACUGUAAAUACAGAGCAUAUCAGUGAAAGGUCACAUUUCCACAGCAGCUGCUGUACACAGAAACCUAUGUGGUUUGGAAAGUAACUUGGUAUGAGGACAAUGAUAACUGUUACUGCUGCUGGCACAAAUUUAGGGGAUUCCUUGUCCAAGUGUUCUAAUCUUCAUUUUACACCACCUUAACAUUAUGCUGUAUAAUGAUCUUUUACAGUGCCACAUCUGAAACCAUUAAAUUUAGAAACAUUUUCAGGAAGGGACAGCAGGUUCAGAAAUUGAAUGUUAAUAAAAUGAUUUUCAUAGA